GCUACGUAUAUAUUAAUUUACUAGAUUGCAGCCAAUGAUCGCAUUGCAAACACUGCACCGUUAUAUAUAUAUAUGUCUGAAUCCCCGAAGGGGAACUGUGUAGCGGGUGCGGUUGCCAUGUAAAUUUCGAUAAGUUUUUCGCUCAAAACAUUUCGCUCAUCACAAGCGGAGCGAUAAAGUUGACGCCUCAGCACAACAAUAGAGUGAAAAUAAAAUAGGAAAAAGCUGGGGAAAGUUGUGCCAUUAAUCAAACAUGGCUUGCAGUUGCAGCCCGCUGUUCUUUGUGUUUCUGCGUAAGAAUCUGCUCUAUUUGCGAUGCAACUUCCUACCGCUGCUGUGCAUCUUCACAGGCUUCAUUGGAGUCCUCACUGGCUACUUGCACUGGUCAACAAAGCCUGUACAGCACCGAUUGGAGGAGUUUGAGCCCAAAAAUGAGAUAGUACUAAAAGAAACGUAUUUCCCCGGAAAUGAAUUAGAUUACAUAUACUAUGCACCCACCUCCUCGAAUGUGGAGGAGAUCGUGGACCUCCUCCGACUGGAUCUGGGGAUCAUACCGGAGCGACUUCGGGCCUACAACAACAGUUUCGAGAUGCAGCUGGACAUGGAGCAGCAGUGUCGGGAAAGCUGCUUUGCUAUCAACUUCAACCAGGUGCCAAAUCGAGGCUCUGAAGGAAAGUUUCAAUUCAGCCUUAGCUCGAACCAAAUGCGAAUUUCGCCCAAGAAGCGCUAUGUAAACGACGAGGAGAUUAAUCACCAGAAAGAUGACGAUGAUUACAUACGGGCGGGGUUCCUGACCCUUCAGCACAUACUGGACAAACAGUACAUGAAAUACCAGGAGCUGGACAAAAACUACGAGGUGCUGGUCAGCUCGAUGCCGAAUCUUGAGGUUACUAGCAUGGAUAGCCAUCGGCUGAUCUACUUCGGUACCCUGUGUAGCAUCCUCUUCAAAGUGGUUUUGCUGAGCACCUUUGUGGUGCCCUUUGUGGAGGAGAAGCAGAACGGGCUGAAGGAGUUUCUCAACCUGGUCACGCCCAUGAGUUUUCUCAACGGCCUCACCUUCUUCCUCAUUCGCUUCGUGUGCUACAUAGCGCUGAUAAUUUAUGUCUUGGUCGUCGGUUAUGUCUUCAAGGCACUGGGACUGAUCUGUUUCGCUUAUGUGGCGGUGUUGUUUUUGCUGUAUAUAUUGUCCACCAUGUCGUAUGCAUAUCUGAUCUCUGUUUGUUUCCAUUCAGUUUUCUAUGCCAAGAUCGGCGGCCUGGUGAUGUUAAUCAUUCCGUAUGUGUUUUCCUUCGUUCGAAGCUGGGCCACAUCGCUGGCCUUUGUCUGUUUUAGCACCAAUGCCUUCUUGGAGGGACUAGAUGUUUUUCAGACAUUCUCAAAUAAGCAUCGCGAAUUUGGGGCUGCGGAUCUUUUUCGUGAAAUCAAAUACGAUUCCUAUAGGAUGUUUUCGGUCUAUUUUGUGCUCAUUUUCCAAUCCUUUUUGUACGCUCUGCUCUACAAUUACUUGGGUUGUGUGUAUCCCGGGCCUGGUGGCCUAAAGCGACCAAUUUUGUUUUUCCUAGACCCCAAGACAUACCAGAAACGACAACGGAAUGAAUACACGACAGCACCCCGUGGCACCCACGCCAUUAUAAUCACCGAGUUGUGCAAAAAAUUCCAGACAAGUAAACGUGAAACGCUAAUUUCGGACAACUUAAAUAUGACAAUCAACAACAAGGAGAUCACAGUUUUAUUGGGCCACAACGGUGCUGGCAAGACCACGAUGAUGAACAUGAUAAUGGGACUGGUGCCCAAGGAUUCGGGCAAGAUUAUAGUGUGCAGUGAGCGCGACGUGGCUUCCUACCGCCAUCUGAUUGGCUUCUGUCCCCAGCACAGUGUAUUCAUGAGCUACAUGACCUGUCACCAGCACUUGGAGUUCUUUGCCCAGCUGCGUGGAGCUCGUCGCUCGGAUGCCCGUGAUUGGGCAUAUGAGAAGCUAAAGAAACUGGGUUUAUAUGAUGAGCGAGACAAUUACGGUCGGAAUUUGUCGGGGGGCAUGAAGAGACGUCUAUCCCUGGGUAUCGCUGUUGCCGGAAAUACCAAAAUUGUAAUCCUUGACGAACCUUCAUCGGGACUAGACAUUAACUCCCGACGUGAACUGUGGGAUAUUCUUUUGAAUUUGCGCAAGGAAAAGGCCAUUCUGGUCACCACCCAUUACAUGGAGGAGGCCGAAGUCCUUGGGGACACCAUCUGCAUACUGGCCAAUGGCAAGCUGCAAACCACUGGGGCUCCGUUGGAAUUAAAGCGCAAAUCGGGCAUUGGUUAUCGCUUGAAACUGGAGGUCAAAGACUUUAUAUUCCGCGAAAACGAAAUAAUGGAAAUAAUCCACGACUUUGUACCAACAGCCAGAGUUUUGAAUGUGGUGAAGCCAACUGUCUAUAUUUGUCUGCCGUACUCCUAUAAGAGGUGCUUCUCAGAAAUGCUACACAAGCUGGAGACAAAGACCAAUCAGCUGGGAAUAAAUACAAUUUCAAUGACCGACACUUCCCUGGAGGAUGUUUUCCUACGAUGCGCUGGGGAGCAGGAUCAAGUUGACACUCCGGAUGGCUCUCGAAAUGAUGCACCUCUACUGACCCCCUACAAACGAUUGACCAACCAACCCAUGCAACCCAGUCUGCAGCAACUUUGGAUGGCUGUGUUUUACAAAAAAUGGACAUUUAUAUCCAAUGAGUGGUUAUACUCGCUGAUAAUGCUGUGCAUUCCCUUUGUUAGCGUUUGCUGCGCCAUACUCGUGAUGCACGCCAUGUCCAUAGUGGAAAACGAGGAGGCGUUGCCCCUGAGACUCAGCCAGAUGGGCACUGGGGUUAUAUACAUCCACAAUCCGACGGGCCACCAUGCCCAGGUGGAGCAGCAGCUGCGUCAACAGAUCGAACUAAGUGGAAUCACGGCGAAAACAAUGCAGCUGCGUGGGAGCAAUGAUGUGAAAAAUGAAUCCCUGGAAUUGCAACGCGAUAACUUGGCUGACUUCCUGGAACAGGUGAUUGGCAUUAUAGACAUGUAUGGCGGUGGCCGUGGCACGGCGGAUACGCCCCAAAUAGAGAUCUUCUACUCGGGAAAUCGGUACCACAGCUCUGUGGAGCUCAUUAAUCUGGUGGACUCUGCAAUGCUGAAGCUACAGCUUCCACAAUCGGAUAUUGAGACGACCUACGUGCCCAUACGUCGAUUCGUUAGCGAUAUUAGCCCUUCACGGCUGGAAUACUAUGCGGUCAUCGUGUCCGUGGGCAUGUUCUUCUUCAUGUUCUACUUCAUCUCGCUGCCGUUUCGGGAAUAUGCCAAUGGAUUCCGUCAGCUGCAAACCAUGUCGCGAUUUACUUAUUGGCUGGCCCAUUUCGUCUUUGAUAUGCUGCUCCUGGUCUUUGUUUGCUCCUUACUAUUUCUUCUGCAAUACUUGAUAAUGCCCGCCGAGCUCUACUCCAAGGUGGAGCUGAGGGUCAUUGUGUUGAGCAUCUUCUUCUACGGCUGCAGCUACUUGCCCAUUCUCUAUGCCCUGGGCAACAACUUUAAGUCCAUCUCCACGAUAUCUACGUACUUGCUGCUGAUGCUGAUUGUUUCCGCAAUUGCCCCCCUGAUCACCUCCAGCAAUGCGGCGGCCAUGAAACUGCACGAGACCAAGAUCGCCUUCCUCUGCUUUCUGCCCGACUUCAAUCUGAACCACCAGUUGCGAAUCAUCAACGAGAACUUCAUUGCCCGACGUCGUUCAGCACAGGUUAAGAACUUGGGCUGCGAGGAGACAUUCUUUGCUUAUGCCAUCGCCGUGUGUGUCCUGGUCAUGGCUUUCUUUACCAUCGUCUUGGAGCACAAGUAUCUGCGUCGACGCAUUCAUGAUGGCCUCUGGAAUUGGACAUUCCAGCAAAAGAAGAGCAACUCAACGGGCACCAUGCCCAGCACUCCGAACUCGGUCAUCGAUGAUUGUGCAAAGGAGGAGCAGCGGGUUAAGGAGCUGAUUCAGCGGGAGCCGCACAACAAUCCACUGAUUGUUAGCAAUCUUCGCAAGUGUUACAAGGAGAAGGUGGCUGUGGACGGAUUGAGCUUUGCUGCAGACCCCGGAGAGUGCUUUGGUCUCUUGGGCGUGAAUGGAGCGGGGAAGACGAGCACGUUCCAGAUGAUAGCAGCCAAUUUGCCACUCGAUGGAGGCAACAUACACAUCAAGGGCAUUGAAAUUCGCAAGGAUGAGGUAGCCUAUCGUCAAUGUUUUGGCUACUGCCCGCAGUACGAUGCCCUGAAUAAGUUCAUGACCGCCGAGCAGUGUCUGCACUAUAUGGCCAUGCUGCGAGGCCUGAGUAACACCACCGAGGGGCCAGCCAGCGUUAAGGAGAACGUAAAGUACUGGCUGGAGAAGAUGCAUUUGACCAAGUACCAGCAGGUGCAGGUGCGCCACUAUUCGGGUGGUACAAAGCGCAAGCUGCUGGCCGCAAUGGCCAUGAUCGGAUCACCCACCUUGGUCCUCCUAGACGAACCCACCACCGGCGUUGAUCCCAUCUCGAGACGGUUUCUCUGGCAGUGCAUCAAGGACUUUCAGGGCGAGGACCGCACUGUGGUGCUCACGUCGCACAGUAUGGACGAGUGUGAAGAACUAUGCAAUCGGUUAGCCAUCAUGGCACAUGGCAAAUUCAAAUGCCUGAAUAACAUCUGUGCUUUGAAGCGAUUGAGCGGCUUUACCAUAAAACUGAAAAUGAAAGAGGAGACGGAAACGGACGAGAAUGUGAACACGAUCACAGGCACUCUGAAGGCUCAGUUUGCCGGACUGGAACUGCGCGAAAGCCAUGCCGGCACACUCACCUACUUUGUGAGCACCCAGGAAAGAGCAGUCCAAUGGUCGGAUGUGUUUAAGAUAGCGGAGGACUACCUGACCGACCGGCUAGGUGACCUCGUGGCGGACUAUUCGGUAAACGAGUGCACCUUGGAGGACAUCUUUCUCAAAUACGAGAAGCAGGCCAAGUCGCAAUCAGUGUCGCGACAAUCGUCGGUGCAACGAAGUCCGGUAAACAACUUUGUUUAGGGCGGUUUCGAAUAUCACAAGGAUUGAGCACAAGACUGCCGUCGUGGGUAUCGAGCACGAACUUUCCACGACACCAUCUAUCCAUCUGUAUAAAAUUCACUUAACCGCGUUCCCCGGCCAGUAUUCACUUCAACUAAGAAUCUCUUUGCUCAUAACUAGCUAAUCCUCGCGACGGCGGUCAUUUGGGCUCAGCACUGUCGCCGGGACUCUUCUACUUAACGUAUGUAUGUGUAAAGUCUAAUCUAACUAAACAGAGACAUCAUUUUUGUGCGCAUGAAAUGUGAAACAAAUAUAUUUAAUAUUAAUUAUA